AGCGCGAGAGCGAACUGUUGCGCCUGCGCCCCGACGCGGUGUCGGCUCGCAAACGGGGGAAUCUCGCACACGGUGACGAGGAGCCCGAGGAGCGAGAGGAACCUUCUCCUGGUGGACGAGUUCCCAACUUGAGGGCAGUUAAAAUUACGUCCCUGUGGAAGAUCGCUUUUCUUCUGCAUCGAGCGACCCUGCGUUCGCUCUUUGGUGGUUCGUGUUCGUUGCGUUGCGGGAUCUCCCCAGCGCGGCGUUCGCUGAAGUUCUGGAACUCUAGGGAACCACCAUCUGUUGUUAUGUUUCACCGCUGAUGAACAAAUGGAUGGUUAAAAAAACUCCCACAAAAUUCCAAUUAUAAUCUAACUUUUCGAAAAGGACAUACUUGAUCGUAAAAGUUAAUCAUUGGCUAAAGAACAAAAAGACUAAGAAAGUAGUUAAAAAUUAAUAGCAAGGAAUAUCUGCAGUAUGGCAUACCAUGUCGAUGAGAUCUUUGCAGAAGUUUCGGUUCUAAUCUUAUUUAAUUAAUGCGGAUGCUGUUGGCAAAAAGAUAAUUAACUGUAGUUCAUCAAUAAAAGUAAAGUGGUAAAAAUUAAAUCUGACAAGUAGUGACAAAUUUUUGAACUGGACUUAUUCUUUUAAGAAACGCGAUUUUACAGAGCUCCAUUUUUAACGUAAUUUGUUAAACUAAUGACUAUCAUAUCUGACCAAUAAGAACUCCAAAGAGAAGUAAUUAAAAGUUUAACUCAUGACAAGGCGAAAUUUUUCAGUAGCUGAAACAUUAACAAAUCGCUCAGAUAUUCAGGAAGAUCUCGUUUUGAAGUAAGUUUCCAAACAAGACGUCAUUUACCAAAAACUAGUAAAACAGUGAAGGCAAAGAGAUCAUAAAAUGAACUUUAAAAAUAAAUUUAGCAAAUGAAGUAAAACUUUCGUGAACUGGAGUUACACUGCCAAAUACUUGAAUUCUUCCGGAGUAUUCUGACACCUGUUGAUACAGGAACACAAAACAAAAAAGUAUUAUAUUUGGCAACUGUCAUAACGAAACUUUGUGGAAGCCACAGUUACUACAGGAAUAAGGUCUUUAAUUAUUUCUGGACGUAUAUUUUAAAGGUAAGCUUUCCACCUAAAGCAUUGUAUACAAGAGGUUGUAUUAGCCAUGCAGUACGAGAAAUUUCAGGCGUCUUGGGAAACAGCGCCUGUAGGACCAUAUAAUGUGAGAUUUUGACUCCUGCUUGAUUUGAACGUAACACAGGAAGAAGGCGUGACCUGAAUACAACUAUGGAUAUCCCAGUCGCGAUUGAAACGGGGGAUUUGACAACUACUUACCCAGAUGACGAUGUCACGGGGCAUAACUACAGUGGAAAUUACAGCGACGACUACUGGCUCCCAGAUGCGAAAGACCUGCACAUUCUGAUGAACGUCACUAGGGAUGUACCACUCAAAUAUGCCAUGCCACUUUUUGGGUACAUCAUGCCUUUCCUCCUUCUUGUCACCAUCAUCGCCAACACGCUCAUUGUGGUCGUCCUCGCUCAAAGACACAUGAGGACGCCGACCAACCUGGUGCUCUUGGCCAUGGCCAUUUCAGAUCUUUUGACUCUCCUCUUCCCAGCUCCUUGGUAUUUUUAUAUGUAUACCCUGAACCACCACUCUGAUCUCUUGUUUCCACCAUCGACGUGCUACGCCUACCACAGUAUGAUAGAGGCUGUACCAGCUUUCUUUCACACUGCCUCCAUAUGGCUUACCCUCUUACUUGCUGUUCAGAGGUAUAUCUAUGUAUGCCAUCCUACCACUGCGAGAACCUGCUGCACAGUACCGAAAGUAUGGAGAGCCAUGGCUUGGGUCUAUGUCCUCGCCUUUGUGCAUCAGUCAACUCGUUUCUUCGACAGAGUCUUUGAAGCUGUGCGUUUCCGUUGGAGAGGUGGUAUCCAUGAGGGCUGCAUUUUCAUGACAGCCCAAUGGGUAACGGACACCAUCACUGAAAAUAUCUACUACACAAUGUACUACGGGUUCCGAAUACUCUUCGUGCACGUUGGUCCUUGCCUAGCGCUGGUCAUUUUCAACGUGUUGUUGUUCUGGGCACUGCGAAAAGCUCAGCUCAAGCGGCAAAAAUUGUUCAAAGAAAACCGUAAAAGUGAGUGCAAAAAGUUGCGAGACAGCAACUGCACCACUCUGAUGCUGAUCGUGGUAGUGACUGUUUUUCUUGCCGUUGAGAUCCCACUGGCUGUGACCACCCUCUUACACGUGAUGCAGAACGCACUGGAUUUGCAUAUAGCAGACUAUGAUGACCUUAAUUCGACUAUCUUGUUCACCAAUUUUUUCAUAAUGCUGAGCUAUCCAGUCAAUUUUGCUAUUUAUUGUGGUAUGAGUCGCCAGUUCAGAGAAACCUUCAAAGAUCUCUUCUUGCAAGGAAAAAUAGCAAGUGGCCGGGAGGGCUCUUCCCGAUAUUCGCUGGUAAACGGACCUCGUACAUCCACCAACGAAACUAUUCUGUAGGCGGAGUCAAAGGAAAUUGGAUGGGCUCACUUAUUAGAAAAGCAUCAUUAAAUACUGUCUGUCGACGAAGAGAGCGACCAUGAGCACAAAACGUGCUUGCUUCUAUCCGAUUUAUUUACGAGACACAAUCGGGUGCUGCGAGAAAACCAAUUUAUGUUUUUAUUUCUUAAAUCUCUUCAAGAAAUCAAAGGUAAGUAUAACCCACAGGGUAGAGGCUAAAGAUACGAAAAGGUCGUUUUAACAUCCUACCUACUCCUAAUUUGCCGAAACUUUUCAACUUGACAUUUUUAUGGACGAGUCAAAACAUUCUAACAUAGUGCCAAACAGGAUCGCCCUACUCGUGGUCAGACAGUAGUUCAGAUGCACUUCAAGAAACGAAAAUGACUUACGAUAAUAUAUUCCCAACGUUACGCCUGUUGAAGAGUUCAAAUGUUUACUUAAGCCCGAAAAGUGGUUCGUUUUGCUUCUCAAAUCAAACCGAACAUCUAUUGAAAAGCUAUUUUUAUCUGAAGCAAAGAUGGGAAGGAAACAUGGCAGACUUUUAAAAACGUUUUGCUUAUGUCUUUAAAAGAACAAGACCACAAUGACGAAUACAUGUUAAAAAUGCUUAUUAAUAUUGUUUUAUUACGUACUUACAUAUAUAAAUAUAAAUAUAAAUAUAUUCCCACGUUUCAAAAAGAUUGCAUCGCUGAAUAUCUCUUGAAUGAUUUGUCGUACUAGUUUAAAGAAAGAAUCACAUAAACGAGACAUUUAGACGAUGAUGAUUUCGGUCACAUAACACAUUUCUGAAAACAUUCAUGACUUAAAUUUUGCAUGGGUUGCACAAUAAAAAGCAAUUAAGUAAAAAAAUGAGUCUGAUAGCUAAAUUAGUCUAAUAAAAUAAAAGCCCUUAACUAUGUAAUCAAAAUUAUGUAAAUUAAAAUUUUCAGCUGAUAAUUGAGAACGUACAAAUACACAUUUUCGAACACAAACUUCUAAAAAAUGCUGCAUACUUAAAAAUACGUGAUAGUAAAAGAAGGGUUUCGAAUUUCUGUUAUAGUAAUACUGUGGAUAAGUAUUCUUGAAUUUUCCGCGGUAGAAAUUCAAUUAAAGCUAUAAAAUCGACAUUUUAGCCGUUAGUUCUAUUGGAUGAAAAUGGACCGAGUCAUAUAAUUUUAACAGCUUUUCAAAGAUGAGCUUUAUAUAACACAAAAAUUUAGAAGUAUUUAGUAUUUUAAUAUUCUAUAUUUCAAAUAUGACCCAGACGCACAAAAAACUGAUAAAAGUGAAACAGUUAAAUGCUUGCAAAUCAUAACAUUACUCGAAGUAAUUCUUUUCCCCAUCCCGCGCACCAAAAAAUCUUUCCCACUGUUCUAGAAGUUAUUUCAAAGAAGAAGUCCUAGGAGUUGUUUCUUUUCUUCAAAGGAAGGAACUCGGCUAGAAAUGUAUCCAUUCUCAAACUGCAGUGGAAGUGAAAUGUGCUGCAAAAUGCUAGAUAGUAAUGUGGAGGCAAAUCCAUUCAUCAACAAAGACGUGAUCUCUGUACUGUCGUAAAGCUUCAUCGAAAUUUGAAAGCCUAAGAUCUCUUCCCAUUACUAAAAACUGCAGGAUAAUUCUUUUUCAUGUUGAUAAAAGUUCUUUCUACUUACUUAUGAUUCUCACGGGUGACUAAAACGUUAGAGCUCUCACUCUAUUACAAGUAAUAUCUGAUAGUUGAACUACUCAAUACCGCUUACUUUGCACAAUUCUUUGCAGCAUAAAUCGCAGAGCAAAAAAAAUCCAGUAGUAAGGGUGACAUUUGAAAGCUCCGUUGCAGUAAGAUAAGAAAUACUAGGUAAUUAGAAUUUUAUAAUCAGUAAUUAGAGCUUUUCUUGCAGAAGAAUUGUACAAAAACUUCAAAAUUUGAUAAUUUUACAAAGAAGAAUGGCGUAAUUAAUAUCUCCACAGUUUGAAACCCUAUCGUAUUUGUUAAACUUAAGUUAGAAGCUUACGACACCUCGCUCAAGAUUUCUUUUCUCAUGCAAUCUUUUUGGAGCAUCAUGUAUAUCUAAUCUUAUAUUAAUGUGUCUGAUUGGGUGUUUAAGCACAUUUUAAAAGCUGUGGACGAAUGUAAGCGCCAAAUACUUCAAUAUGAUGUGUAUUUACUUUUUCAAACUUCACUAAAUUAUCAAAAUCCCUGUGUUGGUUUAUGUGUGUUGUGUGAAUGGGGCACAUUUCUCCGUAUAGUUCCUCAUUCUAAAUCAAAGUUUCUUAAAGGAAAGGUAAUCCCACUUUUGUAUUUGGCGCUCUCUGGUCUCUUUGCAACAUUACGUGUAUCAGUGUUUUCUUCUUAUGGCCCUGCAACGCAACCUGUCGGGCGAUUCUGCUACUACUCGGGGCUCUAGUGGAAGACCCGAGGGGUGUGUAUGCCAGGUGCCGGUUAAAAUGUCUGCCUUACUGCUGAUACCUUUCCUCUUCCGUUGUGAGCAUUUUGUGCGUGCACGAUCAAAACCAGUGAAGGUGCUUGUUGUGAAACUAAAUAAAUAUAUAAUUUUGCCUCA